AUGCCCCACCCAGACGGGGACGUCUCCGGCGAAUUACAGCGCGUCCCAUCCACACACUGGUCCUCGCGAGCUUCUAGGAAACGUCGGUACUCGUCGCGGCCUAUUCGCGUAGCCCCCCAUUCUGCACCCGGCGCUGCAGACCUCCGAGAGACGUCAGCGGUGCAAAAGGACCUCAGCUUGCUUGAGCAACGGGUACGGCAUCCCGAGACCCGGCUCAAAGUGCAUCUCACCUGGGACAUCUCCUUCUGGGUCGCCGUCGUGUUCGUACUCGGGUCGACAGUAUGGAUCAUUAACGGCUUUUUCCUGUUCCUCCCGCUCGUCGACCUCGGCUCGGACAACUUCCCCGCGUCGGCGUGGUCGGCGUUCGCGGGAGGCACCCUGUUCGAGAUUGGCAGCUAUCUCAUGUUCGUGGAAGCCCUCAACACCGGCCACGACGAGCUAUUCGGCCCGGCCGUGCGCGAGCUCGUGGGACAUGCGAGGCGAACGGUGCCCGAGGCGCCAUCCCAGGACUCGAGUAGCGCGGAUGCGGAGAAGGGCCUGACAGGCGGCGGCGACAGCGGCCGCCGACGCGUAAGGUUCCGCUGGAUUGGCAGGGGCGACUGGCGCGAGCUCGGGUUCCUCGCGUGCGCGGUGCAGAUGGGCGCGGCGACGAUCUUCUGGGUGUCGACCAUCACGGGCCUGCCGAACGCCAUCGCGGGGUUCCCGGAGGACCCGCCUACAGCUGUCACGGACGUGUUCUACUGGACCCCGCAAGUGCUGGGAGGCACUGGCUUCAUCAUCUCGUCACUACUGCUCAUGAUCGAGGUCCAAAAGAAAUGGUGGCAGCCUAAUUUGCGCAGCAUGGGAUGGCACAUCGGGUUCUGGAACUUGGUCGGCGCGGUAGGCUUCACGUUGUGCGGCGCCCUUGGUUAUGCCUCUUUAGCAUCCACCAAAGUCAACUACCAGAGUGUGCUGUCCACGUUCUGGGGAUCAUGGGGGUUCUUGAUCGGGAGCGUUAUCCAGCUGUGGGAGACGUUAUGGCGCGAAGACUCGGGCCCUCCGAAGUCUGAGCCUGACUCGGAAGCAGAUGAUUAG